CACAAACCGUGCCGUCUCAAGAGAGGCACCGCCUUCUGAACACGUGUCUCUUUGCAGCCAAGUUGCCUGUCUUCACACAGUCCCAACUUAGCAGUUCGCAAAGAAAGCGCCGGCUCCUGCUUUCAGCCCAGGCACACAACCAGGCGGAGAGCCGGCUUCCGCGCGGGGGGGGGGGGGGGGGUUGCUGGGGGCGGCCGCGAAGCGCGGAAAAAGCUGGCAGCUUCAUGGAGGAAUCGGGGCAAGUCGCCGAGAGAGAGGAAAGUGUGGAUUGGGGCUACGAAGAAGGUGUUGAGUGGGGGCUAAUCUUUCCUGAUGCAAAUGGGGAAUAUCAAUCUCCUAUUAAUUUGAAUUCAAGAGAGGCCAAAUAUGACCCAUUGUUACUGAAAAUACACUUAUCACCAAAUUAUUUUGUAUGCCGUGAUUGUGAGAUUCUCAAUGAUGGACACUCAAUUCAGAUCCUCUUAAAGACCAAAUCAAUGUUAGUGGGAGGCCCAUUACCUCGGGGCCAUGAAUUUGAACUUCACAAUGUUCGAUUUCACUGGGGCAGACAAAAUCAGCGUGGCUCAGAACACACAGUUAAUUUUAAAGCAUUUCCCAUGGAGCUCCAUCUGAUCCACUGGAACACUACCAUGUAUCACAGUAUUGAUGAGGCAGUUGGAAAGAAGAAUGGUAUAGCCAUUAUUGCCUUAUUUGUGCAGAUAGGAAAGGAACAUUCAGGCCUAAAGGCUGUGACUGAGAUUCUGCAAGACAUUCAGUAUAAGGGCAACUCCAAGACAAUACCUUGCUUCAAUCCUAACACGUUAUUACCAGAUCCACUGCUAAGAGACUAUUGGGUGUAUGAAGGCUCUCUCACGGUCCCACCCUGCAGUGAAGGUGUUACGUGGAUCUUAUUUAGAUAUCCUUUAACUGUAUCCCAAAUUCAGAAGUUUGAACAGAUGUGCAAAAUAACCUUAUUUGUGUACUGGGCACUUAAUGCAAUACUAUCCAGUAGCUGCUGGCUAGUUUUGCUCUCCAGAGCCAUUUCAACCAGUGCCAGCAUGUUCCAUAGCGGACACAGAACUCAUGUGAGUCUAGGCAACAAUUACAUGCAAGUCUCUCUUCAUGAGAAACUUUGGUUUCUGCCUCUCUGGAAGGACUUUUUUUUUUUAUUGACUGAUAUUUUCUCACUAGCAUGACACAGUAAUUCUAGAAUAAUUUUUCUCUUUUUUUUCUGAUUUGCUUUUUCUCUCCCAUGUUCCAAAAAUAAAAGACUGAAACACAGUCAAGAAGCUAUCUUCAUGCAUUUCUGAUAUUUUAAUAUCCUUUUCCUAUUUGAAAUGUAACUCCCCAUCUCAACUGCAGGGUGAACAAUCUGGAGCCCUCCAUUAUGAAUCGAAAUAAUUUCUGGCUAGAGUUCCAUUAGAUUUGUUUUCCAAAAUUUUAAAAAAUCUGAUCAUAAAGAACUUAAAUCUUUAUUCAGAAUGUCAGGUCCUGCUGAAAAAGAAGAUAUGUUUCAAUAGUACACUAUAUCUAACAUUGAAUUAAUAAAUGUAUUUUAGUCCUUUUCCUUCACUUUGGGUUUAAAAACUUCAUCCAUAUAAAGGAAAACUACUAAACUGAAAACAAAUUCCCUAAAGAAAUCAUUUGCUUACAUUGUCCCAGUGAUUCAUUUUAAAAGCAUAUUGUUCUGUGGAAGAGAAGUUUUCCCUGCUUCUCAUAAACCCUUUCUUUAUUUUUCUGUUUUUAAAAGGUCAAUUUUUUCCUGGUUUUUCAAAAUUGGGUUAUCUCCUUGUGAAAUAUAAGGGUCAUGUUAUGAUUAAGCAAGAAUAGGUUAUCAAAGCUUAGUCUUCAGUUAGAAUAGCCAGGUGGCUUUGAUGUAGUUGGUUCAUUUCAGCCUUGUAAUCAUGUCAUAAAACAAAGGAAUAGAAACCUGUUGAAAUGUUGGCACAUUGCCAAGUUCAUAAUGGAUUUUCCCUCCAUUUCUAUUUUAAUCCAAUUUCUGUUUGAAACGAUCACUAGUUUCAUACAGUAAAGUCUGUAAUACCUCAAAAGCCUUCCUUAGAAUGUUCCAAAAGAUGAUAAGAAAUUGUAAAUUUUAAUGUGAGAAGAAAUGAAUUAAUGCAUGGGGAGUAUCUGAUAACUUUCUUUAAUUUAUUUUAGUUAAUUUUAAUUUAGUUUAAAUAUAUUCUUGGUUACAUGUUUUUUUUAAAGCUUUGUAUGUCAUAACAAUUGAAAUGGUGGGAUCAGUGGUGGGUUACCCCUGGUUCAGACCGGUUCGCAAGAACCAGUAGUAAAACCGGUGAGAGGCUCUGCCUCCUGCCCCGGAUAUCAUCAUAGGCGAUCUGCGCAUGCGCAGAAGCGAUCCCAUUGCGAACCAGUAGUCAAGGUAAGUAGAACCCAGCCCUGGGUGGGAUGUAUGUUAAAGAGAGGAAAAAUAAAUAGAAUUUUAAAAAAUCUAUAUCUUUUAACAGCAUAAGUACUAAUCGAGGGAGUCAAAUGUCCAUUUCCU